AUGAAAGAAGAUCGAGAGAACAAAAACUGCAGCAACCUGCUCGAAGUCAUAGAUAGCGGCGCAGGGAGUGCAGAGCAAGCACUCAUCCAGAAAAGAUAUCUCACGUACAAAAACGAGGCAGUUCGAUCGUUCACCAUGACGCAGAACAUGAUACAGAAGCUGCGGGUAGGGAUUAUAAAUACGCUUGCACCAGGAGCAAGUGGUUGGUCGCUGGUGUACUCAUCUGAGCUGCACGGGUACUCGCUGAACACUUUAAUAUCAAAUGCAACGAAAGGGCCACCACGCGGGUGCUUUAUUCUCUCUAUAAUAGAGAACGUCUGUACGCACGAUGAGUACGAGCGGGUCUUUGGGGCGAUCUUCUGCGAGCAGCUCAAGUACAAAAAUAUUUCGUAUGGAACACAGAGCACAGCGCUGUUCCGAUUUAAGACGCCAAGAGGCCAGGAUAUCAGCUCGUGCGCGAAUGCAAUACUUCAGGUAUACAAUACGCCGUGCAAGAACAUCGAGGACAGGUGCAUGUAUAUUAUAGGGAAAAGAGACUACUUGGCGUUUGGCUGCGGAGGAGGCAAGUUUGGCCUUCAGCUGGACCGGUCUCUCCUGCACGGAGAGUCAAACAAAGUGGAGACCUUUAGCAAUGAGAUACUCAGCCAUUCCACGAGGUUUAAUAUUAGUAGAAUUGAGCUGUGGCACGUUCGGAUAUAA